UUAGAAAACCCUAGUCCGUCGCCAUACCUAUAUAAAUGAUGUUUUAUCAGUCCCUCUUAUUUAAUUAUUCUCAAUGCAACUCAACCUAUUGCGGCUGAGCUGUAGGACAUUUACAAAUAUGAAGAGGAUGUUAAUGCUGAUGCCGAUGCCGAUGCCAAUGAUAGUUUUCAAUUUUGACAUAAAGUUUCUUCAUGGAUUCUACAUAGUUGAAUCAAUGAGUCAUCACGUUGAUCAGCUCUUAGCCCGUUCCUAUUUGCCUUGGUGAUGGAUGGAUUGACGCGACAAAUUCAAGGUGAGGUGCCAUGGUGUAUGCUUUUUGCGGAUGACAUAGUCCUCAUCGAUGAGACUCGUAGCGGAGUUAACGCUAAGCUGGAAGAUUGGAGACGCACCUUGGAGUCUAAGGGGUUUAAGCUGAGUAGGACCAAGACAGAGUACCUAGAGUGCAAGUUCAGUGAGACACCUCAAGAGGUUGGCGCGGAAGUUAGGCUCGGGGACCAAGCCAUCCAAAAGAGAAGUAGUUUUAAGUACCUUGGUUCUAUCAUGCAAGACAGCGGAGAGAUCGACGAGGAUGUCACACACCGUAUUGGGGCAGGAUGGAUGAAAUGGAGGCUCGCCUCCGGUGUGUUAUGUGACAAGAAGGUGCCACCACAACUUAAGGGCAAGUUCUACAAAGUGGUCGUUAGACCAGCUAUGUUAUAUGGGGCGGAGUGUUGGCCAGUUAAGGUCUCCCACGUGCAAAAGAUGAAGGUUGCCGAGAUGAGAAUGUUGAGAUGGAUGUGUGGGCAUACCAGGAGUGACAAGAUUAGAAAUGAGGCUAUUCGAGAAAAGGUAGGAGUGGCCUCGGUGGAGGACAAGAUGCGGAAAACGCGACUGAGAUGGUUUGGACAUGUGAAGAGGAGAGUCCCAGAUGCACCAAUGCGGAGAUGUGAGAGGCUGGCCAUGGAUGGUUUUAGAAGAGGUAGGGGUAGGCCGAAGAAAUAUUGGGAAGAGGUGAUCAGACAAGACAUGGCGCAUUUACGACUUACCGAGGACAUGACCCUAGAUAGGAGGGUGUGAAGGACACAAAUUAGGGUAGAAGGGUAGUACAUAGUGGUUUUAUUCUCCCUUAUUCGUAGACGUAUUAAUGCACUAUGAUUUCUUGUACUUUGAUGUAUGUUAUUUAUGGUAUUUAUGUUAUUAUCCAAUAAUAAUAUCUACUGUUUUUUGUGCUUUGAUUAUACUAUUGUUUGGACCGUUUUCGUUAUCU